AUGGCUUCCUUAUACUGCUGGCAGCAUAAAGAUCAGGCAGCGUCAUCCAAUACCUGGAAUGACACCGUUACUCCGGCGAAGCCGAGGACCAGCAUCGACACCUUAAUGGACAGACUCGGCGUUCUCGAGAUCAAUGAUAAGCCACCAAGAGGAUCUCAGAAACAGAAAACAGGCCAAAGUGGUUGCAGUGAGAAGCGUCGCCCGCGGUCGAAGAAAACCCUCUGCUGCUUUGAGAUUGUGGACGACGACAAGGAUUCCAGGCCACCGGCGCCUGUUCGGACGCCUGUACAAAAACGACCGACACAAUGCCGGUCGUAUACUCCUCAAACUUCAUAUCAAAAUGUGCGUCGACCAGCCUCAGUUCCACGGCCACAGCACGUGGGAGUGCCCUCAACUAGACAGGGAGUAUCUUCUGCUCCGCAAACACCGUCUCGACCGUCUUUCCCCAACAACACAAAGAAUUCCUCGUCGUCACAAACCCCAUCUCUGCUAUCAUGGAUUCCUACAACUCAUUCCCCACAAACGACAUCUAUACUUCUUACAGAGCUGGCGAAGCCUAUUUCCACUGCCGACGAUGAGGGCUACAUCUACAUGUUCUGGGUGACACCCCAGACUGCUGCAACGCGCAACAGUGCCCACUCGCCACUCCCCAGGGAUAUCGCAUCGUCCAUACUGCCUUCUGUCCCAGAAAGCAACAACAGCCUCCGUCCACCACCUCAACCUCGCAGUGUUAGCGAAGCUAUCGCCGCUGCUCGGGAUCUGAACGCUCUAGCCUCCAAUCCAACAUCAACCGCGCCAGGAACCAUCAGAUUGAAAAUCGGCCGCACGAGUAAUGUGCAUCGUCGACUUUCCGAAUGGACACGUCAAUGCUCCCAUGAUUUGACUUUGAUCCGCUACUACCCAUAUACGCCAUCCUCUGCGUCUUCUUCCCCUGCAAGGAGAUCCGCACCUCGACAGCGCGCCGACAGCAGUGGUCGGAACACUACCCCUGCAGCUUCGCUGGUUGCAGGAAGAAAGGUUCCGCAUGUUCAUCGUGUGGAACGGCUGAUUCACCUUGAGCUAGCCGAUUUGCGCGUGCGCGAUCUUGGCCGCUGCAAUGAAUGCGGGAAGGAGCACCGGGAAUGGUUUGAGGUCGAGGCGGCCAAGGAAGCGCUGCGGAGAGUGGAUGAAUGUGUACGACGAUGGGUUUCAUGGGGAGAGUCCAUGGCGUGA